AUGGCGAGACUGAGGGAUGAGAAUCAUCCUUUUAUUGGAGUUCACUCCUCAAAUGAAAUCCUAAGCCCCCAGCCCUGCGCCCCUCCCGGCAAGGAGCAUCUACUUGCCACAUUCGAGACAUCCCACGUUCCACAGAGCGAUAACGGAUCAGCAACAGAUGGUAGCCGAGUUUCGAGUCAGGAGUAUGAGUAUAAUUCAUCUAGCUCUUCAAACCGCCACUCAACCAGCGACAUAUUCGGCCGUGAAAUAGACGACGAGCUCGACCAUAUGAAAUCCCGUACUUCGAGCCGCUCAUCCGUCUCCUCGAUGCCAGCCUCCGUCCUUAUACAUCCAAUCAACGAUAUGAAAUCAAUGCCACCAAUGAACCUACACGAGAAAAUGGUCGGCUACACAAUUGAAGAAUCAGAAGCUAGCUUUGGCGAUUUCGACGACCCGCCUAGAACUAUGCGUACUAUUCGGCCUCGAGAAGCAGCAUUCCGGAAACCAAGCUCUGUGCGCGCUAUACAAAUGCACACGGAAGAUGAAGGCGAGGAUGACGAAUACUUGACUCCGCCGCGACGUCGGGCGGGAAUGCGUUCCCCCGGAUCUUCGCCAGUGAAACGGUCGCCAUAUUACUCACCCAAUACUUCGACAACCAAACCUAAACCAAAGAAAGAUUACCCUCUUGUCUUGCUACAUUGCAAUUUACUUGCACCCUCUCUCCCAGUGCCUGGCGCCUCAGAGCCGCAGAACCAGGAGAUUGUGGAGGACGUUCUACCACCACAAUACUGGAAACGCUGGCGCCGAUUACAAGAUAAAGUCGGAUCUGGAGUCCUCCGUGACAGAGGCGUGCUAAUCUCCCACCCUGAAGAUUUAUAUGAUAUGCUCGAAGAGCGACUCUUGGAAAGUUUGGAACUGCAGCACGCACGUGUUCACCAAGGUCAUUUCCUGGGUCAUGAGGAAAGCAACCCCGAAUCUGAGGGCGAGCACUCUGAUCAAAGUGAGAGUGAGACGGAUGGUGAACAAGGCGAGGAGUGUCCAGACUGUGGUGGACGGGUCAUUCACCGGAGUGAUUCUAACCGCAAGUGGGAGAUCAGAGUGUUUGCAGCUAAUGGCCUUAUGCGCGCUGGUGCUUGGGCGGCUGCAUGGAAAGAGAUGGAAAAGGUUGAUGUGGAGGUUGGGCUCUGGCUGCCGUCAAACGUGCGCAGGGCAUUGGAGAAACGGAUCUUGGAGGAGCGUGCGGCUGCACCGAAGGAAGAGCCUCAGGGCAUGCUAGCUAUAUGCGAGGCGGGAAGCCAGGAUAUGGACUCUCGACGUCUUUCUGUUCAAGAACAUACCAGGUCUUUUAGUGAGGCUGGGUCUAUUCAACCAUCUGCUCAGGCAGAUCCAAUUCCAGUCCUGACACCACAGAUCAAAUACCAAGAGCCGGAGCACCAGAUUGCCCUCGGAACCCUGCUCAUCAACUAUAUUCGAGUGCUCGCUAGCGACAAGCGGAAUAUAGCGCUAGUUAUCAUGUCUAUAGCUGUCGCAUUCCUUGCCGUUGGAAGUGGUCCGCAACAGCUGCAGCAGAUGCCUGCUAUGCAAUUCUUCUUCCAGAAUGGGGAGAGACUAUCCUUCCCCGCCAGCAUGGAAGCUCCGUCACCUAGCUUGUCCAUUGUCUCUUCGAGCAUCGAGUCUUUGAAUAUUGUCUCUUCUGCUAUGGCUUCGGCGGAAAUUGCUUCUGAGACACCUGCGCAGAUGGAAAGCGCUCCAACCUCUAUUGCGAUGGCUUCCGUGCAAGUUUCUGAGUCGGCAAAGCCUUCUGCUACUGAGGAAACGUCUCACCCCACAGAGUUAUCGGAUUCUUCUAUCGAAGAAUCUGAGGUUGAUGCGAUCAAUGAGCCCUCACCUUCCACCGAUGCGACAAGUGAGAUGGAGCUGCCUAAUGCCAUGGAACAACCAGAAAUCGAACUAUUGGAGGAAGUUGAAACUGAGCAAUUGGAGGAAGCUAAAAUCGAGCCUUCGGUGGCAUCUGAAGAUGAGAUUCCUCUUCCUACCGAUGCAUUCGAACAGCCAGUUCAGGAAUCCAUUGUCCGAGAGGAGCUUAUCGAGGAUAUCACAGAGUCAGAGCUCCCUGGGGUUGCUGAACAAACACAAGAUGUAUUAUCGGAGGAUUCUCAGGACAAGGUCACUCUUCCUAUUGAGGCUGCUGGGCAGCUCUUUGAGGACCCCAUUUACUCAGGUGAAGUCAUUCAAGACCUCGAGGAAGAGGAGGAGGAAAAGGAGAAGGGGGAGAAUGAGGAGGUGGUCACCGAGGGGGCGACCGAGCAGCAAGAUGCUGCUCCGACGGAGUGA